GUGGCGGUAAUGGCCACGUAAAAGCUGCCUGCCAGCCGCCAAUAAACAGUAAAAGAAGAAGAAUGUGUUACACCGAUAUCGCUCCGGCCGGAAUCAUCAAGGUGGCUUUUUCUAGCUAAAAGUUAGAGCAAGAAGAACAGUGGAUUUAAGUGAAUGAAUCUGCACGCAAGGUUCCCGCCUUUGUAUGAUCGGCGGGAUCCACGCUUAAAGAGGCUCAGCUGAUCCAAUCGGCGGUGUAUCGACUGCGACAUCUUCAGUGACUGACAGGGAGGAAGGAUGUCAGAUGCUGGGAAUCAGUCAUGCCUGAUGGGAGCAGAGGACACGGUUAACUUCCUUGUGUGUGUCUUUCAUGCGUGGGAAGAAUGGGUGGGCCUCGGCCAGUUGGAGGACUACCUGAGUGUUUUGGAGUACUUAUUAUGGGUCUUCACUCCUCUAGCUAUUGUCUUCAUCCUGCCCUUCCUCAUUGUCAUCCUCCUUUACCUCUCCAUUCUUUUUCUUCAUGUCUAUAAGAGAAAGAACCAGUUGAGGGAGGCGUAUUGCAACAACCUGUGGGAUGGAGCAAGGAAGACACUGGCCACACUGUGGGAUGGACAUGGAUCCAUAUGGCACGGCUACGAGAUCCAUGGAAUGGAGAAUAUCCCCGCCAAAGGACCAGCACUGAUCGUGUACUAUCACGGAGCCAUUCCCAUAGAUUACUACUACUUCUUAGCCAGUGUUAUUAUCCAGAAAGGGCGAACCUGUCACUCUGUAGCUGACCACUUUCUCUUCAAAAUACCAGGGUUCAAGUUAUUGUUGGAGGUGUUCAGUGUGAUGCACGGCCCUCAAGAAGAGUGUGUGCAGGCUCUGAAGAAUGGCCACCUUUUGGGAAUCUCUCCAGGAGGUGUUCGAGAGGCUCUGUUCAGUGACGAGACGUACCCUCUUCUCUGGGGAAAACGUAAAGGCUUUGCCCAGGUCGCCAUUGAUUCUAAAGUGACCAUAAUUCCGAUGUUUACACAAAAUAUCCGAGAAGGCUUCAGAUCUCUAGGAACAUUGAGAUUUUUUCGUUGGUUGUAUGAGAGAUUCCGUCUACCUGUAGCUCCGGUUUACGGGGGAUUCCCAGUCAAGUUCCGGACUUUCCUUGGCGAUCCAAUCCCAUAUGACCCCAACAUAACUGCCACUGAGCUGGCAGAAAAAGUAAAACAGGCCAUCCAGAGUUUGAUAGACAAGCACCAGCAGAUUCCAGGGAACAUCCUGAGAGCUCUUCUGGAGAGAUUUCAACGUAAAUACAAAGGCCAAUAGCGUCUCCACGGCAACAGUUUUCUUAUGGGCAAUGUCAAUUUGCAAGAAAUGAACAACAGGCAACUUUUGAUGUCACUUUUUGAAGUAAAAAUGUGUCCGGAGCUUUAAAUGUGAGCCAAGAAGAGGGAACAUGAGAUGGAACAUGCACUCUGAUGUUAAGACGUGUAUUUUCACAUAGUUGCUGCAUCUCGCCAGAGAACAACUUGAACGUUCUGGACUUAUACGGCGCCACCUUUUUGGGAGAAUUUUAAUCCUAGUCCAUCAUUCCUGAAUCCUCCAUUUUUAAACAUUUAUUGAUGAUGUUUGACCACACUGUGGUUUUGAGAUUUAAUUUAUUACAAAGAAGUAUUUGAUCCCCUGACGAUUGUGUAAGUUUAUAUUCUUCAUCAGAGCUUUCUUGUGGUUGCUCACCAGGCUUGGACGCAAAUUUCAGACUCAAAUUUUCAUUGUAGUCCAUUCCAGUCUUGUGCAAGUCGACAAUCUUAUACCAAAGGGCAGCCCUUUGGUCUUGCCCGUGGCGGUGAAGAGGUGACAGGUGUCUUUAAGCUUUAGCGUCACUUCAUUACGGUUUUUCCAAAGUAUAUUUAUUAGGGCUGUCAAAGUUAACUUGUUAAUGACGCGUUAACGGCGGAAAUUUUUUUUGUGUGAUUAACGUGCGUUUCUCCUGUUUGACCCUCACCCCCCACCGUAGUUUGGUUGAAGCACAGUAGCUCCGUAGCCCCAAGCUGGAAUAAAUAUUGACGUGAAAUGGAGAAAGAAAAGAGUAUUUAGAUUGGUCAAGUUAGCUCAGCAGUGCAGAUAUAGUUUUUAUUGUCAUAUACAAUGCUACCUUGGCAUAAGAAUGGCCCUAAUAUUUACAUUUUGACAUCUCUAUAAUGAUUUUGGCAUUGAACUGCUAGCUAAAUUAGACUUCCAGCUGCUAUUGACUGCUAUUUUCAAUGUGAUGACCGUGGCUGAAGUCCGGUGUUUUGCUAGCUUUAGCCAUUUAGCAUCGAACUACCACAAUGAUACACAUUAGCACUAAAAGUCAUCAAAUCUUACCUUUAUGAGUUCCCACAUAGUGUCAGCAUUCGGGAGAAAGUAUGAGGUGAAAGAAAAAGGGGGGAAAUACAUCCAAAUACAUCCAUUCAGCCCGGAUACAGCAUCCGAGAACGGUGCAGUGGUGCGUUCAAUGACCGACGAAAAAGUAAGACAAAUCGCAUUAAACAUUAAAAAACUGUGGAAAUAAAAGUAUUGUAAUAAAAUAACAUUUACUGUAAUAUAAUGAUGAUGUUUAAAAACUUAUUUAGAAUGAAUAUGAAUGAAUUUCUCUUGGAGAUGAAUAAAAUCUAUCUAGAAGGUUGUAAACAACUAAAAAAAUUUGAUGUAUGAAUCACUAAUCAUUGAAAUUCACUUAUCACAGUUGGGUCUGAAACAGGUUAACUGCAAUAAACGAGGGAUGGUUAAAUGGACAGGACUAAAAUAAAAACCAGUCUGUGGGAGUCACAAGGCUUGCUGGUGGGUAGGGGAUCAAAUACGUAUUUAAUUAAUACUAAUUUAUUACCUUAAAGGGGACCUAUUAUGCUCAUUUUUUUGACCCUUUGUAUUGAACUGUGGACUUCUAUGGAGCAGCUACACACAAUAACCAGCACACAGAGCUGUCUAGAUCUACCAUAAUCUGCACCUAUUCUCUGAUGUGAUUGGUCCCACUUUGUGCUAACAAGGUGAAUUCUUCACAGUGCAGCAGAGCAGGGAAACGCAGGCCGGGAACGCUAAUAAUUGCAAGCCCAGCACUCGGUGACAUCACAGCGAGCCAUCCCAAAUGUGGAAAAGCAUCAUAGGUCCCCUUUAAAUUCAGGGGGUGGGGGGUUAAAGUACCAUGGAAAUUAUGGUCUGUUCAUAUUGCAUGUAUAUACUUUUUUUUAAAUGAAAGAUUUUUGCAUACAAAUGAUUUAUCAAAAAUGUCUUUUUGUUAUUUUAAGGAUGUGUUGUUCAACUGGAGGGAUUUUGUGUGCAUACCAUAUUUGGCAUAUUUGAGGUUCUAUGAACAUCGAAACCAGUGAUUCUCAUCUGUUGGGUCGCGGGUCUUUGCCUUUAAAUAUAUCUGAGACCUUCAAGUUGAAAAAUGUCCGCCAUUUUGGUGGGGACGGUGGGUCUUGCAGCCAAACGAGUUGAGAACCACUGGUCUAAGCAGUGCACUUUUAAAUGUUGAA